AUGCCCACAUCUAGAAGCCAAUCAGGAAGUGUAAUAAUGGAUGAAAACCUAAUCGAACAGUUGAGUGUUAAGGUAUGUCAAAGAUUGGAAGAUCAUUUAAAUAAAAAACUGGGGAAAAUUGAAAACAAAAUCAGUGAAUUAUCAAAUAGAUUCGAAGAAAAAAUUGAGGAAAUAUCGAGUAAAAUGUCGGAUAUUACCGAUUCUAUGGUAUCGAACAAUGCUAAAAUUACUGAUAUAACAGAAAAACUAAAUAAUAUAGAGGCAGCUCAUAAAAGAAACUCACUACGUUUUGAUGGUAUCGCAGAGUCAGAUAACGAGAACUUAAUGUCUGUUUUGAUAAAUAUUUGCUGUAAUAUAUUGAAAGUUAAAUGCUGCUCUACAGAUAUCAACAAUAUAUACAGACAGGGAAAAUUUGAUGUUGGCAGAAAACCCAGAACCAUUUUACAAAAAUACAAAAAUAUUUGUAAACGAAGAUUUAACUAG